AUGUCAGUGCAGCAGAGGACUACGAGUUCAGCGAACGUGCUUUGCUGUCUUGCCGCAGUCUCCUCGUUGUUGACGAGCCUUCUAUAUACGUCCGUCAUGGCGGCGGUGCGCAUAACAGUUGGCAGUGGGACCGCAAUAUCAUGGCUUUUGGGCGAUCACCCGCACCAGGUUGAUCCUCCAGGCUUUCUCUCUGCUAAGAUGUUGGCGAAGUCAGUUUCGGCGGAGGCAGAGGCUGGCAAGUUCAAGAAGUGCGCGCUAAAGAAUAAUGUCAGGCUCCCAGUCAAAAUGACAAGCUGGCCUUUGAUGCCGACGCUCUGUUGCAGCUCGGUGAGUGAUCCGCGGUGUGUAUCUACUGCAAACGCAUACAGCCUUAUAGAUGGUAUUGAAGAUGGCCCUGUAGAUGGUACCACAGAUAGACCUGUGGAUGGCAUUAAAGUAGUCCCUGUCGAUCGCCCGUGGAUGGGCCUUUUAGAUGGCAUUGACGGUGUCCCUGUAGAUGGUACCACAGAUAGCCCUGUAGAUGGCGUCAGGUUCUUCCCUGUGGAUGGUGUUCGGUCCUUUCCUUUAGAUGGCAUCAGAGCUGCGCCUAUAGAUGGCAUGAGAGAUAUGCAUGUAGAUGGCAUCGGAGAUGGACCUGUAGAUGGCAUCACAGAUAGCCCUGUAGAUGGCGUCAGGUUCUUCCCUGUGGAUGAUGGCAUCACAGAUAGCCCUGCAGAUGGCGUCAGGUUCUUCCCUGUAGAUGGCAUCAGAGAUAGCCCUGAAGAUGGCAUCAGAGAUACGCCUGUAGAUGGCAUCGGAGAUAGCCCUGUAGAUGGCGUUCGGCAAUUAUAA